GUUAUCAACUGAAGACUCAAACAUGGAAUUCAGAUUUGCUGAAGAUGUCACAGAAAGCAGCCAUAUUGACUCUGAUGUGGACACAAUCAUCACCCCAGAGGAGCGCACACAGCUCUCCAUGAUACAAAUAGACCAGGGGGACUUGGACAGCUUAGGACAACUUUUUGAGUGCUGCAUCCAGCAUGUGACUCAACUAGAGCUGCAGAGGGACGAGCUGAUACAGGAGCUCCUGCAAAUACAGGAACCCAUGCUGCGAGUUGUGGAGCAUCUGAGAGGAAAGCUAGUAGACACACGGAGGCUGGUCACUCUGGCUCAGCUGGAUUAUAUCGCUGUUUAUGAGGAAGUACAGCAGGUGAAGAGGAAAAUGUUUGCCACGGCCAGAGAGUGCAUUCAGAACCAGGUGACACUGUCUGCACAUGAGUACGAGGUGGCUCAGUCUGCUGUUACACAGGAGGAGCUCAGGGCCCAUAUUCAAAGUCUGAUCCAGGAGUUGUCUCAGCUCCGAGAGGCUCACCAGAAUGAGCUCAACUCCUUAAAGGACCAGGCCAGUAAGCCCUGCAGACCAAGAGCCAUGAGUGACGUCAGCCAGUGCCGGCAGGCUUCUGUCAGACUGCAACGGCGGCUCAGCGGCAGCGUGCAGGCACUGGAAGGAUGGUACGAACCCCGGCUCAUGGUGUUGCUGAAGAGGAGGCAGUUUGGGGAGGACACCGUGAGAAUAAGCAGGGAGCAGGCAAUGGACCUGAGGGUCAGAUUGAGGCCACUGAGAGAGGAUAAACAGAGGCUGGAGAUGGAGAGGUCCUGUCUGGAGCAGAGGUUCCACCUGAUGGAAAGGGAGAGGGAGGAGAGUAUUGCACAACAUAAGGAGACUGUGGAGACAUUAAAAGAGACUCUGAGAGAGCUACAAGUGGAAUUUGAAGUUCAAAGAAAAUCUAAGAAUAAUUUAGAGGAGCUUAAGGACGGCCUUUUGAGAGAGCUGAGAUUUCUCAGAGGCUGUGAUGAAACCAGUGAAGUCACUGCAGAGGAUCCCUAA